GUAAACCACAAACACAAAAAGGGAAUAAAAAGGGAUGUCCUUUGUCCAAAAUUUGUAAACCUAUCGUCUCUCACCUGUCCAUCCGUGUGAAAGAAAGAACUCAAAAAGGGGGCUUUGGAUUUGAAGAAAAAGUGAAGUAAAAAGUUGUCAAGAAACUCAAAAAGUUUUGGCUAGUUGUGGCAAAAAUCAAGAAUGCUAACUUCUUCAUUGAGGCUUCCUUUUUUGCCUCUUCCUCACUCUCAUCCUGUGUUUUCCCCUUUGAAUUUCACUAAAGUUGUUCACUUUUACAACCCCAAUUGUCCCCUCAAUCCUAUUUCAUCUUCCAAAAGAUGUGGUUCAACAAGUUCAUCUUCCAAUGGACAUACGUGGCCAGAUGGAGAUGCUGAAAGAUAUUGCAGCAAUGAUAAUUUGAGGAAUGCAGAUGAUUAUGCAAUUCAGAUGUUUGGUUCUGAUGAAGAACUCAGCUCUCAGAUUCCAACUCAAGCUCAGACUCUUGUUGAAGGCUCAGGAUCAGUUUUGGUAUCAGAGUAUAAGCCAGUUCCGGAUGUGGACUAUCUGCAGGAGUUGUUAGCUAUUCAACAACAAGGUCCAAGAAAUAUUGGCUUUUUUGGGACACGAAACAUGGGAUUUAUGCAUCAAGAACUUAUUGAGAUUCUAAGCUACGCCUUGGUCAUUACGAAAAAUCACAUCUUUACUUCUGGAGCAGCAGGCACCAAUGCUGCUGUCAUAAGAGGUGCUCUUCGUGCUGAGAAACCGGAGCUGCUAACUGUGAUAUUGCCACAGAGCUUGGAAAAACAACCUCCGGAAAGUCAGGAGUUAUUGUCAAAAGUGAAACAUGUGAUAGAGAAACCUCACAAUGACCAUCUCUCACUGCUAGAAGCUAGCAGGCUGUGUAACAUGGACAUCAUUUCGCAAGUGCAGCAAGUUAUUUGCUUUGCCUUUCAUGAUAGCAGAUUGCUUAUGGAAACAUGUCAAGAAGCCAAGAAUCUUAGGAAGAUUGUUACUCUCUUUUACUUGGACUAAUGAAUAGCAACAACUUGUGUUCAUAGAUUCUUUGCUAUUGAAUAUACGCAUGCUAUGCAUGUAUGGAAAAUACUGCAAUGCAGAAAUGUUGUUCAUACUCAUGCCAUAGAGGUAGAUGUCUCGUCGAUUUCGACAUCAUUUAUAGAUGUAUUUAUUUCGUAAUGAGGUGCAAUGCUUCCUUGUAUUUCUACAUAUAUCUUGCUCUACUUAGUUGAACAACUAUAUGUUUUGUCUGGUAAUGUAAAGCAAAGUUCAACUAUAUGUCAAUCUACUAA